GCUGGUGAAGAUGACCACUGGUGUGGAGGAGCCGCAAUGGAGGAAAGUUCACUCCAUGACAGGAGUGAUACCACGGUCCAGACACGGACACCGUGCAGCUGCAAUCCGGGAAUUAAUUAUUGUUUUCGGUGGUGGAAACGAAGGGAUCUCUGAGGACCUCCAUGUGUACAACACGGUCUCUAAGCAGUGGUUUCUGCCUGCGGUGAGGGGCGACAUCCCACCAGGCUGUGCUGCCCAUGGCUUCGCCUGUGAAGGCACCCGAAUACUGGUCUAUGGUGGUAUGGUCGAGUAUGGGAAAUACACUAACAGUCUCUAUGAACUACAGGCAAGUCGCUGGCUGUGGAAGAAGCUGAAGCCGAGAGGUCCCAGAAAUGGAUCUCCUCCGUGCGCUCGGAUUGGACACAGCUUCACUCUUGUGGGCAACAAGUGUUACAUGUUUGGAGGGCUGGCCAAUGAUAGCGAGGACCCCAAUGGCAAUGUACCGAGGUACCUGGGAGACUUCUAUGAGUUGGAGCUGCAGUCAGUAUCAGGGGCCAAAUGUUGGAACAUCCCAGAGACGAAGGGUCGUGGUCCUUCUGCUCGUGAGUCCCACACCUCAGUGGCCUACACUGGCCUCGGUUCCCCAAAACUCUACAUCUUUGGAGGUAUGCAAGGAUGUCGGCUAGAUGACCUCUGGCAGCUUGAUCUUGACACUAUGGUCUGGUCAAUGCCAGAAACAAGGGGUUGCACACCACUUCCCAGAAGCCUUCACUCUGCCAGUGUCAUCGGAAACAAGAUGUAUGUUUUUGGGGGCUGGAUUCCUGUUCAAGAGCCAGACGAACACAAUGCUUUAGGAACCGAAUGGAUCUGCAGUAGCUCCUUAAAUGUACUCAACUUAGACACUAUGAGCUGGCAUAAUCUCAGCCCCGAGCAGCAGGAUGAUCUUGAGGCCCAGCUGCAGAGCCAGGGACCACAGAGUGAUGAUCCAUAUGCCUGUAUGCCCAGAGCCAGGGCCGGACACUGCGCCACCACUAUCGGGUCCAGACUUUACCUUUGGAGCGGCCGCGACGGAUACCGCAAGAGCUGGAACUACCAGGUCUGCUGCAAAGAUCUGUGGUACCUGGAGACAGAUCGACCGGCUAUCCCAGAGGCAGUGUUGCUCAUCAAGUCCACAGUCAGCAUGCUCCAUGUGGCGUGGCGCCCCCUGGCUGCAGCUGACUGCUACAUCCUGCAGAUCCAGCCUGUGUGUCCACCCAGCGCCGCCGUCAGCGAUCCACUCGCCAAACCAGUCGGUCCGACUGGAACAGAUGGGCAGAAUGGGAAGGACAAGCACCCUGCAGGCCUCCAAUCCCUUCAGCGUCGAAAUGAAGGAACCACCAAUCGAGAAGCAUUGGCUCAGGAUUCUUCAGUGCAGCAGGACACUUCUUUAAAAUCUUCAAAUGGCUCAGGAGAAACCCGAGCAGAGGGAUUGAGGAGUGCCGGGAGAGUCUUGGACGAGGACGUGAAACGCUGCAGUGCUGGACAGGAGACAUCAGUAACACAAGUGUGCAGCUCAGCUCAGCAUCUGCCAGACAAACAGCUGGUUUCAUCUGACAAGACGACAGAUCUCUACACCCAUGCAGAUCAGGUUCAGCAGAAUCCAGCUGAGGCAGCGUGGUUUGAUGUCGGUGUGUUCAAAACACUAUUCUCUGAGGUCAACCACUACUUUCUGCCCGCUGACAGCGACCAGGUGACGUCGGCCGUCAGCAGCCGGUCCUCGAAUGCUAAAGAGCUGUUAUCCCAAAGGAAGCUGCCGGGGCCUCAGGACUACCAGAACAGGGAGAAGCAGGAUCUUACUCCAGGUCAGACCUACAGGUUCAGAGUUGCAGGCAUCAACUGCUUCGGUCAGGGCGACUUCAGCCCAGUCAGCGAGUUCAAGACGUGCCAACCUGGUUUCCCUGGAGCGCCCUCUGCUGUCAGGAUUACCAAGGCCAACGAUUCGGUCCACAUCACCUGGGAGGCUCCCUCGUCUCCAUCAGGCCGGAUCCUGGAGUAUUCCAUGUACAUGGCGGUGAGGAAGAGCCGCUCCAACAGCUCGGAGCGGCCGGGUCAGAUGGCCUUCAUCCGCAUCUACCGCGGCACCAAGACUUCCUGCUCCGUCAGCUCCUCCCACCUGGACAACGCCCACAUCGACAGCUCCGCCUCCAACCGUCCGGCUGUCGUAUUUCGCAUCGCCGCUAAGAACGAACAAGGCUACGGCCCUGCGACGCAGAUCCGCUGGAUUCAAGAUCCCAUUAAAAUGCGAACAUCUGCAUCCAAAGGAGAUAGCAGCGCUGAUGCUGACCUGGAUGCUGCUGACAGCUCCAGCUGAAUCAGUUUGGACCAGUGACUUCAUGUCUGAAGAGAACUGUUCACUCAGGAAGUACGCCACGCAAAUGUAUAUUUCCAAGAUAGUUUUUUUAAAUUUAUUUUUUUUAUGUAUUUAAUUUUUACCCUGUACAUAAUUUUUCACAGGAUGUUUAACCACUUUGCUAUUUUAGUUAACAAAUGUUGAGGGAUGAUAAUAUGUGAUCCGAUGUAGCAGUUGAUAAUAACACAGUAACUCUUUAGAGGCUGAAGGUGCCUUCGUGAUGUUUUCACCACCCACUAAUGCUUUUUAUGAAUGAACCACAUGGGGGAAGAAAUGUUCCAGGGCCACGGUGGAUCAUAUGAAACUAACUUUUUAUAGCAGAGCCCUUUUAGAGGCCCACAGAUACAGCGAAGUUAUGAAACAGCAGGAUGUUGUGCUGAAGUUUAACCAGGUUUGCUUUAAUUCUUUGUUCUUAAGUGUGUCAUUGUACUCAGCCAUGUUAUCUGUAUUCAUUACAUGUUUGCAUCCCUUCUCUUGGUUCAUUUUUAUUGUAAUUAGUUCAUUUAUCUCAUAAUCUAUCAGAUAAUUAUCAAUCCAUUUAUUAGAUGGUUAAAAAGUAUUGUCAUUAAUGCAAGAUUAUUUCUGAUUUGAACAAAAUGAGAGCACGUCAAAAGGUCAGUUUACGAUAUUCAUUUAGUAACGUCUCAUAUAGAACAUAAUAGUACAAAAAGAUGCAGUACAAUUAAAGUUAAGUUGAACCCACAGAUGAUAAUACUGCCUCCUCCUCCAUCCUAUUUAGACCCUAGCUGGUGUUGGACAGCAGCACACUGCCAAUCCAAUCUGAUCUGAAAUAUUUCAAAACCAUGCUUCACUUUUUAUUUUCCAUCCCUCUUCAUUCUCUUGCUGUGAGAGGAUUCAUUGUUUGUGCUUGUAACCAUGUAAUUUCAUCAGGCAGCUGUUGUUAUCUUUGUAUAAUCUACACUUGAUCAAGCUGCAGGCUCGUUAUUUUCCUUUAAGAUUUAUAAAGAUAAGAGUUAAAAUAACAGUCCCCGUGGAUAAUUUUGGUCACAGCAGCAGUAAGCUCUCAAGCAGAAAACCAUAAUUAUAAGUCCUGAAGAGGAAAAUUUCCAACACUGCAUGUAUCUCACUCGUGUCCACACCACAGAUGAUCAUUUUAGAUGCUGCAUGAAGGUGGAUUUGUUCUCACUGGGAACAGAUUUAGUUGUUAACAGGGACCAGUAGAACAACAUGCAUUCUGUUUUUUGAAAGCAGUUCCAAAGAGAGUGCACUGAACAUGUGAUGACAAUCAUUGCUGGAAAUGUCUGGAUUCCAGUGAGUUAGUUGAAGCUGAAUCUAUUGUCACAGUCUCUGACCAUUAUUGUGGACAGGCUCCUGAGCAGUGCAGUUGUUAUUGAAAGUGACACUGAUCACUUUCUUUGCCUUGAUUACUCAGAUACAGUUGUAGAUCAGAGCAGCCUUAUCUUUGAGAAGAAAAUAAUCCGGAUCAUGCUAGGAUGAUUCAUUCUUUCCCCAUAUUUACCCAGGUCAUCUGGUGAAAAUUCAAAUAUUGUGCAGCCCUGGGUAUAGCUAGGCAUUUUUACACUUAUGUCUGCAAUUAAAAACAAACAAACAAACAAAACAUGAUCAAAUAUAUGAUGAGGUUUUUAACUGAAAUACAAAGAACAAGUGUAAAAUGUUAAACUGAACAUGAUAAAUGUGUAUAAAGUUAGGUUAUUGGGGUUUAAUGGAGAUGUAUUUGUUAGUAGGUCAUCACAAACUGUAUGGAACUAUUAAUAUGUUCACACUAAAAUGCAUAGAGCCAGUAUUAAAGUGUUCACUGAA